AUGGUGGAAGCGGCUUUACAACCAUGGGAACGCAUAGCCUGGACACCGGAACAGGAACAGGUUAUAUAUCGUGAUUGGGGCCUAUUUUACACACACAAACAACAAUUGGACAAAGCUGUACAUUAUUAUGACAAGUCGUUGGAACUGCAAUCGGAUGAUCCGAAAGCGCUAUAUUUUCGAAGUCGUUGCAAGCGAAAUAUAGCCCAAACCGAAGGAGCAUUGGAUGAUGGCCGAGCAGCAUUGGCUUUGGAUGAUUAUAAUGCCCCGCUAAAUUUGGAGAUCUGUGAUGCCUUGUACGAAUUAAAUCGAUUUGAAAGUUGUAAAGUGGAAUUGCACGACAACACACGGAAGUAUUGUAACAAAAAAGUUACCGCAUUUCUGAAUCGGCUGACAGUGGUCGAUGAAAAUUUCAAAGAUAAUCUCGGCGACACUUUGGGUCCGUUUAUUAUAAAAAAUGGCAAAUAUUUCGAUGAGGUAUUGGAGGCAUAUAAACGAUCACAGCAUGUCGAUACACGUCCGCUAUGGAAACGAAUGAAGGAAGACGAGAAAUGUGAUGUCCUGAGUAUUUUGGAGAAGGAGGAAAUUCUAUUGUCACCCCGUGAAUUGGCUAGGCGUCAUCGUGCCUUCAAAGUUUUCAAUCAAAUCUAUUUCAAUAAAAGUUGGAUAGACGUGUUGUUUCUGAAACAGCUGCGUGAGAAUAAAAAUCUUCUCUGGCCUCAAUCGAAGGUGUCCACCCCGUUUCUACGUGACCUAUGCAAUACGAAAUACGAUGUGCUGAAGAAGUUUUUGAAAAUGUUACAAGCUCGCAGUCCCCUCUAUACAGAACAAUGGCGUAAAUGUCCCAAUAAACGUAUCGGUUCGAAGAGGAAGGAAGAACACUUGAAUCGUGUCCAAUAUCAAACUAGGCGCACUAUGUUUUCACAGUUGCGUGCAAUACGUCGUCUCCGGGAGGAGGGAGAUAUUGAUAAACUCUCCAAAUAUGUUGAAGAAGUAAUGGGCGAUUAUGUCGUCCUCAAGACUCAACGUGUAAUGCCUUGGAAAUUUGAAUUUAUCAAUGAGGUAUACAACAUCCUGGCUCUGGCCCAUGCCGAUGGUUAUACCCUAAUGGAUGAUAUUUUAGAGACACAUGGCAAGGAACGACUUCUGCGUCUGUUACGAAUGCCCACCGACAAAUAUAAAGACAUUGUGCAAUUUGUGUUUGGUGAUAAGUCCACAUAUCGAGAACCCGAUGCCCCAGACUAUAGUUUGAUUGCCUAUAAGAAAUUUUUACCCCGUCUGGAGAAGCGUAUGAUUUUUGCCCGAUAUUCGAUAGAGAAAUGUUAUUUGCUGCAUGAAAUUGCCCGGGCCCAUUUGAAACAGAGUCAUUUUGAUGAAUGUUGUUCGUGGGCACGUAAAGCCAUUGAGGAAUCGAAAAUCUGCAAUAGCAUUAUCUGGCAAUUUGUCAGCAUAAUGCUCAUUGUUAAAGCUCACGCCGCCCUACACAAAAUCGAACGUGGCAAAGAGGCCCUAGAGGAGGCAUUAUCGGUUGCUCAACGUUUACAUAACGCCCGCCUCUGUUCUUUUAUUGAAUUUUGUCUGGCCAUCAAUGAAGAAGAGAUCGCCUUAAAGAAACGCUCUCAAUCAUUGGAAUCGGUACGCAAACGUCGUAGUCGUGUCUCGUUGGGUAGUCGUUAUUCGAUGCAAUCGAAAAAUAGUACCGAAGAUAAUGCACCUUCAUCAUCGGUCGCUGGAGGUGGGGCAUCAGAUGGUGGUGCUGGCGAUGGCAUGUAA